AUGACGCGAUUCUGCUGCUUUCCAAAGCCGACGGCGAUUCUUCGCCAUGUCUUGCGCGUCCUCAUUCCCGUCUCCAUCGCCCUGACGAUUUAUCUCUACCUGUACCCAGUUUUUGGCACCUGCGCAUUUCCGCUGCCGCCCUCUUCGUCGUCGGAAACACGGUCGCCUUUCCUCGAAACGGCCAAAUCCCACUGGGUCCCCGCCUUUCUCGCCAAUGCGACGGCGACAGCGACAGCGACAGCGAUCAACUCGAGCAUCGAGGAACCUCCCGCCCCGGCGCUCCCCUCGAAAAAAGCCCCUUUCCGUCUUCUGACCCUCGGCGAUCCGCAGUUGGAGGGUUCUACCUCGAUUCCUAUCGAAUACCUCGGCGUUUUCCCCCAUGCGAAAUCUCUCGUUCGCAACUUUAAGCUGUCGCGACUCGGCAUCAAGCAAGCCCUCCACGAUGUUGUCGAUAUUCUGCUAGAGGACACCUUCAACUUUUUCGAGUCGGUCCGCAAGAUCAUCGACCUGUUCGGCAACGAUUUUUACCUUGCCCACAUCUAUCGGUCUGUCCACUGGUGGACUCGCCCCACACACGUAACGGUAUUGGGCGAUCUUGUCGGUAGCCAGUGGCUCAACGAGGCCGAGUUCACCAAGCGCGCGAACCGAUACUGGAACCGUGUCUUUCGCGGCGCAGAAAAGGUGCCCAAUUCUCUGCAGGCGUAUCCGGCCGAGGAGUACGAUCUGUCCGGGUACCUCUCCCGCUUUGACAAUGACACAACCUGGGCCAGGCGCAUCAUCAACGUGGCGGGCAACCACGACAUUGGCUAUGCGGGAGACAUCACCACGAAUCUGACGGCGCGCUUCGAGAAGGCGUUUGGAAAGAUCAACUACGAGCUGCGGUUUGAGCUGCCCCUGCCCGAAGGUUUCGACAGCAAGACUCUAUAUGAUCCCGACACCAACACCGAGUCCACCAGGCUGAUCCCCGAGCUGAGAUUGGUGGUGCUCAACGACAUGAACCUCGACACCCCGGCGCUCUCGACCCAACUGCAAGACGAUACUUAUACCUUUAUCAACAAUGUCAUCAACACCGCGGCCGCAGUCGAGUUUGAGGGGCACUAUACCGUGAUUUUGACCCACAUCCCGCUGUACAAACCAACCGGUGUCUGCGUCGACCAGCCCUUUUUCGAAUUCCACUCGCACGACGGGACUCUGAAGGAGCAAAACCAGCUCAGUGUUGCCGCGUCAACAGGCUUUCUGGAAGGAAUCUUGGGUAUGUCGGCUUCUUCCAGUGCCCCGGGCGGCGGCAAGGGGAGAAGAGGCAUUAUUCUCAACGGCCACGACCAUGCUGGAUGUGACACGUAUCAUUAUGUGAACCAGACGGCCGAGGGUGGAGAGGUGGAGUGGCAGGUGAAACGGUGGAGGCAAGCGGUAAGGGAAAAGACGGUGGGCAAAGAAGCGGAGGGUGUCCCGGGCGUCAGAGAGAUCACCGUCAGGAGCAUGAUGGGAGACUUUGGCGGAAACGCAGGCUUGUUGAGCAUCUGGUUCGACGAGGAGAGCUGGCAGUGGAAGGCCGACUACGACACCUGCCCGCUGGGGACGCAGCACCUGUGGUGGCUGGUGCACAUUCUGGAUCUCAUCGCUGUUGUUGGGCUGGUGGUAUACAUUGCCUGCGGAGUUCUCAAAGUGGUGGGGUUGGAUGUUGAUGGUCUGUUCUGGGGAUCAAGCAAAGCAUCAGCCAAGAUGCCGGCGGCAACUACACAAACCGAAAAGGCCCGAGCAUAG